CUCACCGAUCCCCCGCCCCACAGUUCUGGCCACCGUCCCGGUGCGCACGGACGUUGCUCGAGUUUCCUCCGCUCUCCGCUCUCUCUCGAUCUCCCCCCUCGUGCUCUUCCUCUUCUCCCGGUCUCCCGCUCUAGCUGCAGCUCCAGCUCCAGCUCCACCCGGCCGGCCCCGCACGGCUCCGGGCAGCCAUGGAGGACACCCAGCUCCACAUCAUCGAGCAACCGCUUUCCGGGUACUCCGAUGCCGGGGACCAGGGGUCCUCCACCAUGGGGGCUCCGGCGGCGGAGGAGCCGUCGGGGGCCGGCUCCGAGGAGCUGAUCAAAUCGGACCAGGUGAACGGCGUGCUGGUACUGAGCCUUCUGGACAAAAUCAUCGGCGCCGUCGACCAGAUCCAGCUGACCCAAGCGCAGCUGGAGGAGCGGCAGGCGGAGAUGGAGGGCGCCGUGCAGAGCAUCCAAGGCGAGCUGAGCAAGCUCGGCAAGGCACACGCCACCACCAGCAACACCGUGAGCAAGUUGCUGGAGAAGGUGCGCAAGGUCAGCGUCAACGUGAAGACUGUGCGCGGCAGCCUGGAGCGCCAGGCCGGCCAGAUCAAGAAGCUGGAGGUCAACGAGGCCGAGCUCCUGCGGCGCCGCAACUUUAAAGUCAUGAUCUACCAGGAUGAAGUGAAACUGCCGGCCAAAGUGAGCAUCGGCAAGUCGCUGAAAGAGUCGGAGGCGCUGCCGGAGAAGGAGGGCGACGAGCUGGCCGAGGGCGAGCGGCCCGAGGAGGACGCGGCGGCCCUCGAGCUGUCGUCUGACGAGGCGGUGGAGGUGGAGGAGGUCAUCGAGGAGUCGCGCGCCGAGCGCAUCAAGCGCAGCGGCCUGCGGCGCGUGGACGACUUCAAGAAGGCCUUCUCCAAGGAGAAGAUGGAGAAGACCAAGGUGCGUACGCGCGAGAACCUGGAGAAGACCCGCCUCAAGACCAAGGAGAACCUGGAGAAGACGCGGCACACCCUGGAGAAGCGCAUGAACAAGCUGGGCACGCGCCUCGUCCCGGCCGAGCGGCGCGAGAAGCUCAAGACCUCGCGAGACAAGCUGCGAAAGUCCUUCACGCCGGACCACGUGGUCUACGCGCGCUCCAAGACCGCGGUCUACAAGGUGCCGCCCUUCACCUUCCACGUCAAGAAGAUCCGUGAGGGCCAAGUGGAGGUGGUGAAGGCCACCGAGAUGGUGGAGGUGGCCGCAGACGAGGAGGAGGGCCGCGCAGAGCGCGGCGAGGCGACCGACCUGUUGCGCGGGAGCAGCCCCGACGUGCACACGCUGCUGGAGAUCACCGAGGAGUCGGACGCCGUGCUGGUGGACAAGAGCGACAGCGACUGAGCGGGACGCAGGGCUGUGCCCAGGAGACCGCGCCGCCCCGCCUUUCCCCGCCCCCGCCCCAUUCCUUUCCCUCUCUGAACAUUCUCUUUCGCAUUUUCUCUCUGCCCGAAAUGGGCUGAGAUGUUUCUAAAUUGAGAACACCUCCCCUCAAGAAGCACCCUUCCAAGUCUUACUGCUGUUAAGACAGGAGAGGGAGGCAGCCUGCACUUAAGACAGCACCAGUUUAGGCAUGGGCUGGUUGGAAAUGCAGAGGGCGGUGUUUCUUGUCCUGGGGGUCCAAGUCGGGGAUCCUAGGGGAAAUUGCUGUCACUUACAUGAUUGGGCUCCCCCUUUGGGCAGGCUGCCUUCCCCCCAACCUCCCCAUCACACUCAUACCCAGCUGCUGUCAUUCCUGCUCACUGAACUCUUCUUUCUCAUCCUGAUCCCUGGCGACUUCAAAGCCAAAAUUACCAUGAAAGGGAAGAAUGAAUCCUGAAGAGGCCCCUUGCCCGCAUACUGGAAGGAUCUGAAAGCAAGUUUUGGGAGAAUCUGGGGCAGUUGGGAAGAGAGGGCAGAGUGAGCCAUGACCCUGGAUGAGGGUGUAGCACAGGCUGUAUCUGUAAAAGAUCCCAAUAAGGAAAGCUGGAGCCAACAGAGGCCUAGGGAGCCGGGAAGUGGGGCGCGGCACUUACGUGUUUAUGAAUCUGCACACAGGAGAACAUGGCUAUGGCUUUGGGAAGGAGAACAUGAAAUAGUAGAAGGUGGACAUGGGUGAAAAAAGAAAGUUCAUUAGAGACAUGAGAAACAGGACAAGAAUCCCAGCUUACUGGGUUUCUCAGAGGACAGGACCACUUUCAGGAUAAGGAGGGAGGGCAAUGGGAGAAAUCCAUUAGCCAAAGAAGAGAGAGGUAAGCCUCACCCCAGGACUCAACUGGAAUCUGGAUGGUGCCCCUAGGGGCAGCCCAUUUCUCAAAGCCUAGAAAAUUAGGCUCCCAGAAGAGGGCAGCACCAGACUGCUGAGAGCUGGGAGUUAGCGGGGAGGCAGACUGGAAAGAGUAAGGUGCUAAUGGCCAGGCCACCAAGCUGAGAGCUGGAGGGGAGGAGAUUAUAGUAUUCCUGCGUGCUGAGCAGCCCAGCCUUGGCUCACUCCUAGCAGUUUCUUCCAAGAUCCUUCCCUAGAGCUGCAGAACUUGCCAAGACCUCCUUGGCCUUGUGGAUUCUUCUCCUGAAUCUUUACAAUGAGAGGGGUGCUGCUUGCAGUCUGAAGGCUUGAUUUCUGUAGUCCAUUUAACCAGGUUUUCCUCAGGAACUUCAGUCCCCCUGUUCCUUCACAGUAAAGAUGGCUAAUCUAAAGCAAGUACAGCCGUCCCCCCCCCCCGCCCCCCGCCGCUGCCCCUGCAAGUCACAGCCCAAAGAAGAAAGCUGAAGUCACCUUCCUUAUUCCCCUACCUCCUCGGCCUUAUCUUCCCUGCUCUGCAUUUUAAAAUUGCAGCUAAUAGGGGUGCAGGGAGGGAGCCUGGGGACACAUCUUUUUUACAAUACAAAGCUUUGCUUUUUUAUCCCUCCCCCCCAUUCCUGGUUCUCUUCUUUCUUCUGAAUGGUUGGAGACGCAUCAGGUGAGGGAGGAUGGGGAUUGUGGGACAAGGUCCCUUGGUGCUGAUGGGCUGAAGGGGCCUGAGUUGUGGGCAGAUACAGUUUCCUGUGGGCUCUGAGGAGCCUCUCAUGUUGCUGUGUCCUGGUGAGCAGCCCGACCAAUAAACCUGCUUUUCUAAAAGGA